UCCUGCCUCAGCCUUCCAAGUAGCUGGAACUACAGGAGAAUAAAGGCAGCCCUGUUGAUGACUGAAAAUGACAAAGCAUCCACCUAACAGACGAGGAAUCAGCUUUGAAGUGGGAGCCCAGUUGGAAGCCCGGGAUCGUUUAAAAAACUGGUAUCCAGCUCAUAUAGAAGACAUUGACUACGAAGAAGGAAAAGUGCUCAUCCAUUUCAAGCGUUGGAACCAUCGUUAUGAUGAGUGGUUCUGCUGGGACAGUCCUUAUUUACGCCCCUUAGAGAAAAUACAGCUGAGGAAAGAGGGACUGCAUGAAGAGGAUGGAUCUUCUGAAUUUCAAAUAAACGAGCAGGUCCUUGCUUGCUGGUCUGAUUGUCGUUUUUACCCGGCCAAAGUCACUGCUGUUAACAAGGAUGGUACUUACACUGUGAAAUUUUAUGAUGGAGUAGUUCAGACUGUCAAACAUAUUCAUGUCAAAGCUUUUUCCAAAGAUCAGAAUAUUGUGAGUAAUGCUAGGCCUAAAGAAACAGAUCACAAAAGUCUUUCGUCAUUGCCUGAUAAACGAGAGAAGUUUAAAGAGCAGAGAAAAGCUACGGUCAACGUGAAGAAAGACAAAGAAGACAAAACCUUAAAGACAGAGAAACGACUUAAGCAGCCUGAUAAGGAAGGAAAGUUAAUCUGUUCUGAAAAGGGAAAGGUGUCAGAGAAAAGUCUUCCCAAGAACGAGAAGGAAGAUAAGGAGAACAUUUCAGAAAAUGAUAGGGAGUAUUCUGGAGAUGCCCAAGUGGAUAAGAAACCUGAAAAUGACAUUGUGAAGAAUCCACAAGAAAACUUGAGGGAGCCAAAAAGAAAACGAGGCAGACCCCCUUCCAUAGCUCCAGCUGCUGUGGAUUCAAACUCACAAACUUUACAGCCGAUAACACUGGAAUUGAGAAGGCGGAAAAUAUCAAAAGGAAGUGAAGUCCCUUUAAAACGUCCUCGGCUUGACAAAAAUUCAUCCCAAGAAAAGUCAAAAAACUACUCAGACAACACUGACAAAGACUUAUCCAGGAGACGGUCCUCCAGGCUGUCUACAAAUGGGACCCAUGAGGUUCUAGAUCCUGACUUGGUUGUAUCAGAUUUGGUUACUACGGAUCCUUUGCAAGACACACCAUCUAGUACUAAAGAAUCUGAAGAAGGUCAGUUGAGAUUGCCUUCGGAACCUGGCCAGGUCUCAUCUGCACUGACUUGCCUCUCCUUUGGGGAUGUUUUGGGGUCUGCAGGCUUGGAGUUGAAUUGUCAGUCAAUGGGAGAAAACACUAUGAAAACGGAACCGGCUUCUCCUCUUGCUGAAUUACAAGAGAUUUCUGCUGUGGAAGUAACAAAUACUUUAAAGAAAACAGAUGAUUUUGUGACGUCUAAUGCACCAGCUGUCGACUUAGACCACAAGUUUAGAUGCAAGGUUGUGGACUGUUUAAAAUUUUUUCGCAAAGCCAAGCUGCUGCACUAUCACAUGAAGUAUUUCCACGGGAUGGAGAAGUCACCAGAGCCUGAGGAGAGCCCAGCAAAGAGGCAUGUGCAAACUAGGGGCUCUUCAGCUUCUGACAAGGCCAGCCAGGAAAGCCUGACCAGAAAGCGGGGCUCUGCCAGUUCCCCAACUGCAAAAGACAAGGAAAAGAAUAAAGAGAAGAAAUUCAAAGAAUUUGUGAGAGUAAAGCCAAAGAAGAAAAAGAAAAAGAAAAAGAAAGUCAAACCUGAAUGCCCCUGCAGUGAGGAGAUCAGUGACACCUCCCAGGAACCUUCACCCAAAGCAUUUGCUGUCACCAGAUGUGGAUCCUCACAGAAGCCUGGGGUCCGUAUGAGUCCGCAGCUCCAUGGCUCAGAAUCUGGAAACCACAAAGGGAAAGUGAAAGCAUGCGGGGAGGAUAAUUUGAGUGAGUCCUCUUCUGAGAGCUUUCUUUGGAGUGACGAGGAGUACAGCCAAGACGUGGAUGUGACCACCAACCCAGACGAAGAACUUGAUGGGGAUGACCGCUAUGAUUUUGAGGUGGUCCGUUGCGUCUGUGAGGUCCAAGAGGAAAAUGAUUUCAUGAUUCAGUGUGAAGAGUGCCAGUGCUGGCAGCAUGGGGUCUGCAUGGGAUUACUGGAAGAAAAUGUGCCCGAGAAAUACACCUGUUAUGUUUGCCAAGAUCCUCCAGGUCAGAGGCCUGGCUUCAAGUACUGGUAUGACAAGGAGUGGCUGAGCAGGGGACACAUGCAUGGCUUGGCAUUUCUAGAAGAGAACUACUCCCAUCAGAAUGCCAAGAAGAUUGUGGCCACCCACCAGCUUCUUGGCGAUGUUCAGAGAGUGAUCGAGGUUCUGCAUGGCCUGCAGCUCAAGAUGAGCAUCUUGCAAAGCCGGGAGCAUCCUGAUCUGCAGCUGUGGUGCCAGCCUUGGAAACAGCACUCAGGGGAGGGGAGGUCUCAUUCCAAACACAUCCAUGUCACGGACACCAGGAGUAAGGAGGAAACCCCAAGCUAUAGAACUUUGAAUGGGUCAAUGGAGAAGCCCCGGCCCCUGCCUUUGCCCCUGUCCCAGUCUGUGGAGGAAUCCUAUAUCACCAGUGAGCACUGCUACCAGAAACCCCGUGCCUAUUACCCUGCUGUGGAGCAGAAGCUGGUGGUGGAGACGCGGGGUUCUGCCCUGGAUGAUGCGGUCAACCCCCUCCAUGAGAAUGGUGAUGAUUCUCUCUCCCCACGCCUGGGCUGGCCUCUAGACCAGGACAGAAGCAGGGGAGAUAGCGACUCCAAACCCAGCUCCCCAAAGGGGAAGGACUAUGUCUCCAAAAAGGCUCUACCAGAGGAAGCCCCUGCUCGGAAGCUGCUGGACAGAGGCGGAGAGGGGCUGUUGAGCUCCCAGCACCAGUGGCAGUUUAACCUGCUGACGCACGUGGAAUCUCUUCAGGAUGAAGUCACGCAUCGGAUGGACUCCAUUGAGAAAGAGCUGGAUGUGUUGGAGAGCUGGCUGGACUACAGCGGGGAGCUGGAGCCCCCUGAGCCGUUAGCCAGGCUUCCACAGCUCAAGCAUUGCAUCAAGCAGCUGUUGACGGACCUGGGCAAGGUGCAGCAGAUCGCCCUAUGCUGCUCAACAUGAAACUGGGCACCCAAAGCUAAAGGGGGCACAAUCCUGGAGCACCUGCAGGAGGAGCUUCACAUAUUUAAAUAAAUAACCCUAGCAUGCCGAAUGCACGUGACCGACUGACUUCAGGGAUCUGGGCAGGAGUGUAUGGAUGUUGGACACAGGCCAUUUUGGCUGAGGCAGGGCACUCUGAUCUCAAAGCCUACCAAGAAGGCAGCAAAUAGACUCUUGUGAUUCCCUUCUUCUGUGCGUAUCGUUGAAUGAAGAGUCUUUUUGCACAAACUUCACUUGAAAUCGUGCCACUGAUGAUAAAUGGAAUGAGAGCCAAAAACAUUUAGUUGGAAACAAUUGUAAAUUGAAUUUGCAGUUUAUUUAAUGGACUUUUCUGUUGGAUUGGGGCACAUGCCAACCCUUUGGUUUCUGCCUGGCAUGAUGUUUGGGCAGCAGCCAUCAUUUUCGUUUUCUAGCUUCAUGGGAAUGUUGUGACCUCACCAUUCCGUGGAGGUCAGGAAGAAGCAGAACCUAGGCAGCCUUGCCUUCUCCUUAGGACUCUUCACUUUUCUCACCACAUCUUCUGCAUGACUUCAUGGUACUGGGGACAAGUUUUAUGUGCUUUCACCCCAGAGUGGGCUGGGUUAUGGCUUUUGUAACAGAGGCCCUACCUCCCUGGAGAAGCUAGAAUCUUACUGUAAUAAGAAUCCAGGAAGAAUUCCAAACAGAAACAGGCAGGGUCUGGGACCCAAAGGACAGCGUAUUCGACCUUUCUUAGUAUUGACAACUUCCCAGUUCUAUUUAAUGUCCAAAAAUGUUUCCAAAAUUUUGAACUCUUUCACUGUAAAGAUUUGUUACAAAGAAUGUGGUUUGGGGAAUUACCAUGUUUUAUAAUGCUGUAAACCAACUUCAGAUUCUACACGUGCCACUUUUCUCCUUCCCUGAAGGGUAUGUUCAGUAGUUGGCUUUUUCAGAAUUGUUACUAUAACACUUUACAUUUCCCGUUUGUAUUAUUUUGUGAGAUCAAGGUGAUUAUGCUGCUUAAGGUCGAGGUACAACCUAUUUUCUUUGCAGGUUAUGAUUCUACAUAGAGUUGCUGUAUUUUGUUUUGUUUCUCCUUACUAGGCAAAGUUAAAAUGUUCCAUGCUUUGAGGAAUGAUCCAUUUCACUACUUAAGUUUUCUUAUUACUGAAGGCAAAAUUCAAAGCACAGUUGUCCAUUAACACUUACAAGUUAAUUAUGGGUUUAUGAAUCUGUAAUGUUAUAUGCUGCAAUAUUUACUAUGUAAACAUGAAGUAGCCAGUAUCUCAAUAGUAAUGACAGUAUCUCCAGCAGUCUAUGAAAUGGUUAGGCACAGGUCAUUGUGGUCAUUAAUUCAGGCCUCUGUCCUAAGGUCUGUUUCAGGGAAUGCACUGUCUAGUGAUUUGUUCACCAUUUGAUAUAAAAUGAAUUAUAGGACAAGUGUAAGUUGACCUGCUAUUGCUUACCCAUCAAGAGGGAAUACAUGUGGCUUUAACAUCUGUAAUAAAGAUGACAUAAUUCCUGUAGAAAGGGCUACUUCUCACUGCUAACACCAUUGUUUCUAGUGUGGGAAGAAAUGCCCAAAAAGUGUGCAUGACAUCUGUUCAGACAGCUGCAUUUUAAGAAUUGUGUGAUGCUUGUCUGAAGACAGAAAACAGGAUGAUUAUCUAUAGCCACAACUGUGAGGUAUGAUGAUUGUUGUAUUAUUAGAUUACUAAUUUUUCUUUUCUGAAAGUACAUUGAGUAUGUCACAUCUGUGGAAGCUGUAACUUUUAAGGUAGUCAAAUUCAUGUCUUUUUCAAAGAUGGAAGCAGAAACUGAAUUAUCCUAAUUUUGUCAAUUGUCCAUUAUUGGGCUUAUUGUUUAGGUUAUGUAAAGGAAAUAAUCCCUUUUCACUCUUUGUGACUUUUGUGCUUAGGGAAGCAGGAAAGACUCCCCAAGUUCUCAUAACCUCAGUGUCCUUCCCUAAUUAAAAGCCAUGUUGCGGGGCUCCAUUCCCAUAUCGUGGGUCAAGUUGAGUUAACCCCAAGUUGCAGCACUGGAAACUGUUAUUUACAAACAUUGCUGUUACCAUUUAGAAAUAUGUGCACUACCUAAGUUUUAUCUUUUGAGAAAAACUAUCCACCUAUAAAAAAUUACCUUGAAAAAACAGUUGUGGUUUGACUAAUUGUUUUAUUUCUUUAAGUGAUAAGUGUAUGCAAGGUGGAUCCUUGAUGAGCCUACAUUGCACUGUGGAUACAUAUCUAUGUUUACGCGCUAUUAGAACAGAAAGCGCUGUAGAUAGAAAUGUUGCUUUGAAGCAAUAUUUGAAAAACAUGCAACUUCUGUAUCUGUAUUUGGAAAAAAUAAAACAGGUUUUUGUUGCUA